AUGGCUGGCCAUGACCACAAACCCGUUCGCCAUAACCACCCUGGGGAACCUACCAAAGGAAAGGGGGAGGAAUUCCUUCACCGGACGCAGACCUCGCUCUGCAUCCAUGCUCAGUCAGACCCUGGUCAAAAAUCCUCUGAUUUAAUCCGUCUUCUGCGCAAUCCAAGCUUCCUGGUCUUGAUGGCUGUAAGCAUUGCGCACGGCUUCGGUUGGGCGUCCACUACCUACCACUUGGUAUCAAGAGCUGAAUCAAUUAACAUCGAGCCAGACAACGCUGCGUUGCUUCUAACCCUGAUGGGCGCCGGUAGUCUCAUCGGUAGACUCUCCAUAGGAUGGAUUGUGGACAGGAAUUGGAUGCGUCCAGAGCUCUACUACACCUUGUCCUUCGGUGUCUGUGCAUUGGCAACCUUCAUAACUCCUCUCAUCACGGAAUUCAAGGUGUUGGUGGCCGUGGCACUGGUACACGGCAUAUCUAACGGUGUAGCAUCUGUCGUUAUUACCAUGACCCCUCGACUUGUCGUUAAGCCAUCGCUUGCCAGUACUUCCAUGGCGUAUUUCUUCCUUGCCUGGGCAUUGGUGAAAUAUCUGGAGGAGCUUUAG